AUCAAUCGAUACUCCUCGGCACUCGGCAGCCAUCAGUUCAAUGCCGUGCUGUCCUAUUCCGUCCGCGCUCUCAAACACAUACACAAACACACGCACACGCACGCGCGUUUACACAGAGACACACUACAGAAGUGGCACUGGUGGUGGCUGACGACAUCAACCCACUGACUACCUCUCGCGGUAUCUACUGUUUUCAGCGAUUUAUGCUCUUCCGGGUUUCCUUCCUUUUUUUUGUGUUCUCCAUAAUACGCGAACUCACACUGCCGGGCUUCUCGUUUGAGCUGCCAGUAGAUGGUGUGAGGUUGUGAUCGCCUUGCUGGAAUUUCACGUGCCGUGCUUUUGGUUGUGCUGACGUGCUGUAUUUGUUUAUUUUGGUAUGAUCCCAUCCUACUGAGGUAGCGGAACUGUUGCCAAUGCUCAAAAUUUGCUAGGAUUCGGAUAUCAAGUUGCAACUUUUGGAUCCGUUUUGUGAGACGUAUCUCUAGGUCCUGACGUAGUGUUUUAGUAGUACCUCAGUUGUACAACAUUUGUGACUGUACUGUUCAGUGCUAGCUUCUGUAACUCAACUGUUCAGGGCUAGAUUCUGUAACAUACUAUUUUCCCGGAAAGUAAAGCCACUUAAAGAAGGAUGCCGCCCACCAACAAAGCCACAUCAGCUUCUGAUGUUGUGGCCCCUCAGCCUACCAAGAUGGGGAAACAUAAGUUGAAGAAACGACACGCAAGCGGAGAAAGAACGGUGGAGAAUAUCCUGAAGCCACUGGACUUGGGUGACGAUGACUACCGUAAGGUCAUGGACCUUAUGCAUGCGGAGCUGGUCAAGGGUCUCACUCCAGCCACACACGAGGCCGCGGACAUCAAGUGUUACCCCACCUACGUGCGCUCUGUGCCUGAUGGCUCAGAGAAUGGAGACUUCCUGGCUUUGGACCUGGGUGGCACCAACUUCCGUGUGCUGCUCAUCAACCUGAAUGGCCAGGAGGUGAAGAUGGAAAGCAAGAUCUUCAUCAUCCCACAGCACAUCAUGUUGGGCUCUGGUAUUCAGUUGUUUGACCACAUAGCGGACUGCAUCUUCAAGUUCAUGACGGACCACAAGCUGACAGAUCGCAAGCUGCCGCUGGGCUUCACCUUCUCGUUCCCGUGUCGCCAGGAGGGCUUAGACCGGGCCAUCCUCACCACCUGGACAAAGGGCUUCAAAUGUGCUGGCGUGGAGGGCAAUGACAUUGUACAGCUCUUGCAUGAGGCCAUUGUGAGAAGGGGGGAUAUGAAGAAUGUGAAAUGUCUGGCUGUGAUCAACGAUACAGUUGGUGCCCUCAUGUCCUGUGCUCACAGUGACCGCAAGUGUGCUAUUGGACUCAUUCUGGGUACUGGAACAAAUGCCUGUUACAUUGAGAAUCUCGAUGACGUGAAAACAUGGGAUGGUGAUACUGAUGAGCCACAUGAGGUGCUCAUCAACUCUGAGUGGGGUGCGUUUGGUAAUGGCGGUGCCCUGGACUUUGUGCUCACAGACUUUGACCGGUCCAUUGACAAGCACUCCAUCAAUCCUGGGAAACAGAUUUAUGAGAAAAUGAUCUCCGGCAUGUUCCUGGGAGAAAUUGCCCGUUUGGCCAUUGAGAGACUGCGAAAGAACAACUUGCUGUUUGAAGGGGAGGGAUCCUACCACUUGUCCACCAGAGGGAGGUUCUACACCAAAUAUGUCUCUGAGAUUGAAGGUGAUGAUGUGGACAACUUCACGGUGACCAAGCAGAUCUUUGAGGAGCUGGAGCUGGUGACCCACAACGAGCAGGACUACAGGCUGGUGAGACACGUGUGCAGCCUGGUCUCCCGACGCGCCGCCUACCUGGCUUCUGCAGGUAUCGCAUGCUUGUUGAACAAAAUGCAGCGAAAGGAGGUGACCAUUGGUGUUGAUGGGUCAUUGUAUCGUUUCCAUCCAUUUUUCCACGAUCUGAUGAUGGAGAAGACGAGGGCCCUCACUGAUGCACAAAUAUCUUUCAAAAUGAUGUUGUCUCACGAUGGCAGUGGAAAAGGAGCUGCUCUGGUGGCUGCCGUGGCAAACCGCCUGCUGGAGGAAAAGAAAGAAGCCAAAGGUCAAGGACCUUCGUCAGGGCAUUGAUAAGGACAUUAGCAUAGAACCUCAUCUCCGUAUUGCUCCAUUACAUGUGAUAGCAUACUCACAGUUGGGCUCCCGCUCUAUGAGGUGGUGGCCCCCACCACUGUUUUAUCUUUGCAAUUUUAUACAUUUCCUCCUCCCCCUUCCCCCAGUCAUGCCUGAGAGAAUUUGUGCUAGAGUGAUCAAGUCUGCCUGAGAGUGCUCACCUUCUUCCCGAUGGCCUGUGCUAUAUUUAUCGAGGGAGAGAGAUGUGUGCGCAAGAGGGAAGAGGUUCUGCACUUGUAUCCCAUGCCACUCGAAGAGGACAAAACACAUGUGGGAUGUAUUGCACAAGUACGCUGGCCGGCCCUCCUGUUCCAAGGUUUUUGUGGACAGCAGCUGGUCCAUUGCUGGUGGUUGAGAUAAUGAAUUCUAUUCACUCUGGACUAUGCGUGCUAUUCUGGGCCAGUCUCUUGGCAAAAGGGAAGGAAUCUUUCUGAGGUUCUCCUCCUCAUGUUUUCAAAAAUAGAGUUGACAUUGUUGCAUUGAAAAGUUUCUGUGUUAGCGUUUGAUCUUUUGAAUAAUUUCAGUAGGACUGACUAUUAAAUGACAGAGUUUUAAACAAUACAGGGGCAUUUGCUAAACUGUUAAUGUUUUAAUAUUUGGCGAAUGACAGGUUUUGUUCACAUGGAAUAUGCUUUCCUCUCUUGAAGUAUUAUUUGAAAAAAGAGCUAGUUCUUGCUCUGGUUCAGUCAAAAGACACAAAAACCAUUUCUGAUCUGUUCUGUGGUUUUCACCACAUUUCAUCCGUUAUCUGGUUUCAUAUUGGAGGGAAUAUCUCUGGUUUGAUCAAUUCUUAUAUUUAUUUUCUCUGUUGGUUUUUCUUUUGCAUUGUCAUUUCAAUACGAGGGAUCAUACAUUCAACACUAAUAUUCAUCCUUCAUCUGCAAUAUAUUUGGUAUCCUUUCAGAUUGGUGUAUGUAUAUGUGUGUGUAUAUAUAUAUAUAUAUACACACACACACACACACACACAUAUAAAUAUAUGCUUUUUUCUGAGGAGAUCUGUUUGGAUUAGAAGCAUUUGAUAAGUUAUAUAAUGGCUUUUAUGCUGUGCUGGCUUACGUGCACUGUUUACCAUCCACCAUGUUGUUUCCAUAUAUAUAUUGAUCAACUGUGCAAUGCUCAUGCAGCUAUGCUUAGUCCAUGAAAUUGUUACUGUCUCUUCAACUGAGUGAAGUGAUGCAAUGUUGUAUUAAUUUAUUGCAUCUGUCAAACCAGUACAGCAUAAAGGUGUUUGAUAUUUUGUUAUAUGGGAACCUGGCAUUGCAAGUAGUGUGCAACCGUGAUGGGUCUAGGAGUGCCUUGCAAUAUUUAUUUUUAUGUUUUGGAAAUGUCUGCAAGGUUUUUGGGCAAGGGGUGGCAUCAGAGUGUUGGACUUAUGUUUUAUUAGAUUUUACAUGUUGUACAAAUUUUAAUUUUACAAAGUUAUGAGAGAGGCCUCUUGGCAAACUGUUACUUCUACCAGAUAAAAAAUGUGGGUGGAGAAAAGGGGUGAAUGUUUUUCAAAACAGUUAGGCGUUCCAAUCUAACAAUACACAUUUGGAAACUCAAGAUCUGGAGCUAAGUGCAACCAUGAUCUAGAGAUGGCUGUCACCAACAACAAAUACUGAGUCACAAUCUGAAGCCUGAAGGCAUCCUUUCAGUCAGUUGCAGUAGGGUUUUUUCUGACCACUAUGUGGGUUUUCGUGAGGGUUCUAUUUUAAUAAAGAUAUUAUUAAGUCUAUGAAAAUCAAUUUAAGGCAAAUUGUGUAUGAAACAUGGAGAAAAAUAGUUUCAUAUCCUUGAGGAUUUAGGACUUGCAACUGAUAGUUUGAUAUUCCACUGCCACUCCGAGACCCUUUUCAGUUCAAAUUUUUAUGAAAAGAUAAACCUUGUCCCACAUAGCUGAAUACCAUCCACAGCUCGCCAGUUAUCAAAAUCUCACCAAAAGUGCAAAAGAUUUUUGGGGGGGUUUUUUGCGGUGGAGAAACAUUGUACUGUUGAGAUUACUCACCUUCUCUUUUUAUGAGUGCUAAUUUUGUUAUUAUUUAUUAUUACUCUUGCUUAAGAUGAACAAAACAUCUGUGAUGCUGAUGACCUCAGUUGCAGUUUUUAAAAUAAUCAUUGGAUAAGUAUCAGGCCUGUGAAUGUGAAUGCAAGCCUUUCUACAGACACGAAGAUGCACAGCGUUGGAAGACGUCUAUGCCAUCGCACUAUUUGUGCCAUUUAUAUACAUGUAUUUUACCAGUGUCCCCUCCUAGAUCUCAGAUCUUUUUCUGAUGUGUACAAAUACUUCAGAUUUGGAUGUUUUGGCUGUUUGAACUGUGUACAGAGAGGUGGCGAACUGUUAUACUUUGAGAAAUUUUAAAAACUUGAAGCCCAUUUUUAUAAACUGGGUCUUGAGUGUGGCAGUAUCAUGUUUUUCAUGUAUAUUUCAGUAUAUAAUAAGUGAAGCUGUUCGUAUUUACAGUAACUUUGAUAAAGGCUCAUCAGUAUGUAUGAAGAGGCUGUAAGGACCGGGCAUUGUUUCUGCUCUUGAACACAGAUUCAAUCAAAUACUAAUGAAGGAAGAAAGGGGAAAAUGUGAUUUGUGUGAUUUGAGGACAGGUUGGGCCUGGGCAUUUUUCUGUUCAUAUCUGAGAUCACGCCAGGUCUGGAUAAUGUAAUUUUAAUUUGUGCAUAUUGUGGCUGUAUGUUAUGUGCAUGACUUGUGUGGGCCUGGUGGUUGGAUGCAACAUCUGAGAUAUGGAUGUCGUUUGGGCAUCUUACUCUCUCAUUAUUUCUAGUACAACUGUUUUCUCAACACAACAUAGAUAGUCUCUAGCCACCAAGUGUCAAACAUACUUUAUCAUUUUCUCAGGUUUGUCAGUGGGUGUGUUUGUGUGUAAGAGAGAGGGGAAUGUGUGUGUUUGUACGCGGGCAUGUGAGUGUUUGUACGUUUGCUGAAGUCAUUUAGAUCUAUCUGUCAGAGACCAUUAUGAAUACAAUGAUGUCAAAUGCAGUUAUACAUAUCAGAAUAUAGGAAAUUCAUAAAUUUUCAAUAGUUAUAUGAUUUUAUCUGUCUGGUUUGUUUGCAAGUUUCUAGACUUUUCGUUAAUACCAAAUCAUAUAUAACUGUUUACAAAUACACAAUGUCACUGAUGCAGUGUCUGCCUGGUGACACACUGAAAAUUCCCCAAUGUUAUGAUUUUCACGCAGUGAUAUUGUUGAAGUGCUCACUAGUAUGGGAGAGUUUGGCCACACUGGAGUGUGUGGAGUCGACACUUGUGCAGUGUCUGUUCUCCCAGCUUGCUCUUGGUCUACAGAAAAGAACAGCCUAAUGAAGGACUGUCUUUGCGGGAAUAUAAUAAUUGUGUGGUUGAUCUGAGAUUUUAAAGAUAUUUUGCACUGUUUGUUCUUGUAAAGACUGCUGGUGAUUGUUCAGGACUUGCAACGUAAACAGACGUUUUGUGUUUAAUGCAUCCAAUCUUUGUACUUAGGAUUGGGUCACAGGCAUCUCUUUAUUCUACGUGAUCUGGCUUCAAACUUAUCUUAGUGAUUUUUUCCCCUCUAUAGAUGAUGGUAAUUUCAAAGAUUUUAUUAUCAUUGUUACGACGUUCCCUUCUUCUACAUUUGCGCAAUACUUAUGAAUCUCUCCUUUCUGUCUCAUUUUUUCCCCCUUUCUCCCUGACUCACUUUGUUCCAUUAUGAUCAACAUGUAUGUUAGCUGAAGACAGAUAAUAUGCAGUUUAGUUUCCAGUGAUAGACAGGCACUGUCUCAGCUUGGAGUCAGUCUUUAAGCUCUUUGAAUAUUUUUGAACAUCAGUUCCAAAUAGUAGGACUUUCAAUGUGCAGGCUUCAGUCACAGCUUAAUAAUGUUUUUCAGAAGUGUGACAAUCUUAUGUUUCUCCCUAUAUGUCUGUCUUAUACUCUUUAAAAAAAAUCAGAUUCUUUUGUUAAUCUAAUUGGUUCUGUAGUGACCGUCACCUGUUCUCUUCACAUAUAUACUUUUCUGUUUAGUUAGCUACAAGCAAAUAUCACUUCCUCCCAAACCCCACCCUGUCUGCAAAAGGACUCCAACUCCUCCAUGUCUUAUCCAAGGAGUAGCUAAUCAAGGAGUACUUUAUUUCAUGUUAUGCUUCCAGUGUCUAUGUAUAUCUGUUUGGCCUAGAGCUUUCCUCGUAUUUAUGCUGCAGCUAGCCGUACAAGAAUCUGUGUUCUUUAUUUCUGAUCUAGACUGGUGAAUAUCGAUGAUGUCUUUUUUUCACCACAAUAAAUUUUACUCCUCUUGAUCUAUUGAAUCUUAAAAGAGAUAGGAAUAGUAGUAGGGAAUAUUUCUUUGAAUCCUUGCCUUCGGCAAUUUGUAUUAAAGUUAAAGGGUGUAUAUUUGAAAAUGAAAAUAUGUUCAAAAUAAUUUUCCUGGAGCUGAUUUCUCUUUCCUCAGUUUUUUUUUUCUUGUGUAGUGCUACCAUUGUCCAGUGGCACUUCCAUUGCCAGAUACUGGCAGUUUGGUAUUUACCGGGAUGUUUGUUUCCUGCAAUGCACUGACACAGAAUUUUAAAAUCUGUUUUAUUUAUUGCAUAAAAAUCAUUCCCAUUCUGAUGUGUUCUGUUGGGAAUAUAAUAUGAGAGGUAAAUGUCUGCCGAAGCAAGAUGAUUUGAAUAAGAGGACAAGAGCCCUAUACUGGAGAAGCUGGAACUUCCUUUGUAAUGAUGCAUAUCUUUGUGAAAAACAAGUAUGUGUUAUUACCCCCCAAAAAUGUUUUGAAUGCAGAAUAAAAAAAUGUCUUGUGUGUUCGUAGGAUUUAAUAGAUUUUUAUCAACCUAUUUUAGUGAUAACAUCUGCAGAUCUCCUCGUGACAAGACAUCAGUAAAAACACAGCAUUUAAUACCAUCAUCACUACCUUUAUUGUUCUAUGUUGUUUAAGUGGAGUAGGAAAUAUUGCUUGUGUCAGCAACUCCGGUGUGUUCUAGGUUCUUAGUUAGCCAAAUAGUGAACUUGAAUCUUCACAGUAUAAAAAGGACUUCAUAAUUGUAUAUGCUCAACGCUUUCAUGUCUGAUAAACUUUUGGAAAAUGUAUUGGGCAUACCAGGAAAAAAAGACGUGUUUCAAGUUUUGCAAUAUUUUCCGCACCACAGAUAUCCUCAAAGCCACAUGGCAUCACCAGUGGCCAGGGUAGAACAGAUACUUACAGCAAAAUGAAUCCUCAAAAUGAAAAGUAUUUUCACCCAAAAUGUCACUUUAUAAUAUAUUUUCUCUUGUUGAGAACAAUGCGUUUUGUUUUUAGUUUUAAGAGAUUAAUAAAGAUGCAUGUACAUAGUU